GCGGAGGGGGGAGCGGGCGGCGCGUUGGCCGCGAUGCUGUGGAGCGGCGGAGGGGCUGCCCGUGCCCUCACCCGCGCCUUCGGGAGCCAACGGGCGGCGGCCGCGCUGCGAGGGGCUGCGGGCGGCCCUGCCGGACUCCCCACACGCCCAGCAGAGCUCUCCGGAGAUGACCAUGCUGAUCUGUCUUUGCAGACAGGCCUGAAGAACUGCAACAGGAAAGGACAGCUGAAACCCUGCAGUACUCAGCCUGUGUCUCUGACUGACAUACAAAGCAGCAUGCUUACCAUGAAGAGACUUUUCAGCACUUCACAUUCAUCAGUGGAUGCAAAGGAAAUGAAGAAAUUCCAGCUCCUCGCACAUAAGUGGUGGGAUGAAGAAGGAGAAUAUUCAGCUCUUCAUUCUAUGAAUGAUAUUAGAGUGCCAUUUAUUAGAGAUACUCUGCUGAGCAUGAGAAGUAAUUAUCAUGUGGGAAACCCACUUUCUGGAGUAAAGAUUCUUGAUAUUGGCUGUGGCGGGGGGCUGCUAAGUGAGCCUCUAGGUAGGCUGGGAGCUUCAGUUACUGGAAUUGAUCCUCUGGAGGACAACAUUAGAACAGCAGAUCAACACAAGUCAUUUGAUCCAGUCCUGGCCAAGAGAAUACAGUACAAGUCCAGUUCACUGGAGGAGAUUGUGGAAGAGUGUAUGGAAACCUUUGAUGUAAUUGUAGCUUCUGAAGUAGUGGAGCAUGUGGCUGACCUUGAAAUGUUUAUCAAGUGUUGCUCUCAGGUGUUAAAGCCUGAAGGUUCAUUAUUCAUUACUACAAUCAAUAAAACACAGUUGUCCUAUGUCCUGGGAAUUCUGGUUGCAGAAAAAUUAAUAGGCAUUGUACCAGAAGGAACACACGAGUGGGAGAAGUUUGUUCCCCCUGAAGAGCUGGAGAGCAUCCUGGAAUCAAAUGGCUUUUCAGUCAAGACUGUGAAUGGGAUGUUGUAUAAUCCCCUCUCGGGGUCGUGGAGCUGGAUGGAAAGCACAAGCAUUAACUACGCAGUGCACGCUGUGAAAUCUGGGGCCCAGGCACAGCCAAGCCCAACAGGAGCUCUGUCAGAGGUGGGAAGUGAGCAGCCCUCAGCCACAGCUGGCACUGCCCUGUGACUGUCUGAGAGCUGUGGUGAUGGGCUGCCACCAGGAACAGGAAAGAAGGUUUCACCCAGAUGGACAUAAUAAAAAAUAUUUAAACUGAGGCUUGUUGUUUGCAUUAAGAGUAAUUAUGCUAUUUUUGGCCAAAUGUUUUAGGGCCGUUUCAGGAAAAAAAACAAGUGCCCAUUAUCUCAGGAAUCAUUUAAGACUAAAGUGAGCAAAGCUUUUAAAGACCAAGUACUUUUAUAAGAAAGUAGUUUCAAAUUGUUGGACAGGGAAAUGCUGAUUAGACUGUCGAUGGCUUUAUGCAAUGGCAUUUUCAGUCCUACUAAGAGACCAGAUCUCCACAGAACAAUAAUUUAAAUGUAGAAAGAGUUUAAAAACACAAUACGUAUAUUAAAGAAAAUGUCUUGGAUAUUUAAGUUACUGACCUGAGUCAGUUAAAAUCUAUGAAACACUUAAAAACCACAAAUACUUGUUCCUAUAUUAUGCCUUUUCCUUGAGAGGAAUAAUAAAAAAAUAGACCAGCAAAUCUUCCCUCUCUGAUCAUGCUGUUUCUGCAGUUGAGGUGAGCUAAAUGUAGCUCACUAGACCAGUUUCAGCUGGCAGAAGUCUUUUCACCAUAAAGGUCUUUGUAUCUCUGCCUAUUAUUUCAACCAAAUAAAUACUCAAAUAAAGGUAAAGUUGUGGGUAAAAUUUUACUAAGCCACCAGAGCCUUGUGCUAGGAAAAUGACACAUUCACAGUCUGUGCUAGAAUUGAAAUUCUGUACUUACUCAGGCUUGAAGUCCUAGUACCAGGUUAAGGAAAAGUGUUGAUUUGCAGUGAAAGAGAUGUGAAAUGAAAUGUGUUGUGUG